AUGUCAGUCGCGGCCCUUUCCAAGUCGCUUCCCAAGCCAAAGUACACUGGUGAGGAAGAAGAGCUCACUCGAAGCACGCGUGUGCUGAGCGUAGAGCAGUUUGAGUCGCAGAUCACGAAAAGACAGAAUGGCCCGCCUCCAUAUGGUAGCAGGCAGAAUUGGCGGCCACGCGCCGCGGAAGACUUUGCUGAUGGAGGCGCGUUUCCAGAGGUUCACGUCGCGCAAUACCCAUUAGAUAUGGGGAGAAAGGGCACGCCAUCGAGUUCCAACGCACUCGUCAGGCGAGUUGACGGCGAGGGAAAGACAAAGUACGAUGAAAUCGCAAGGCGCGGGCACAGUGACUCGAGGAUUGUGCAGGCGAGCUUCAAGGACCUCAUACCACUGCGGCAGCAGGCCAACGCUGGUGAGCUGGACUUGUCACGUCCCAGCCAGGAGGUGGUUCAGGCAACAAAAGAGCGCACUGAACAAGCUCUAAUGGCGUUGGUCGCUGGACAAAAUGCGGCACAGAAGCCCAAGAAUGUGCAGGGCCGCAAGGACGAUGAACCGACGUUCGUGCAAUAUACACCGACCGCUCAAAUGGGCGAGGCCCAGGGCAAGACUCGAAUCUUCAAGAUCCAACAACGCCAGAUCGACCCUCUCGAACCUCCAAAAUUCAAACACAAGCGCAUCCCCCGUGGCCCACCUUCUCCUCCCCCUCCCGUUCUCCAUUCGCCGCCGCGGAAACUCACCGCUGAAGACCAAGAAAUGUGGAAGAUUCCACCCCCAAUCAGUAACUGGAAGAACCCCAAGGGUUAUACUGUGCCACUGGAUAAGCGUCUAGCAGCCGACGGUCGAGGACUUCAAGAUAUUACCAUCAACGACAAGUUCGCGCAGUUUGGUGAGGCUCUCCAAGCAGCCGAUCGCCACGCUCGCGAGGAAGUCAAACAACGUGCUAUAAUGCAACAAAGGCUGGCAGAGAAGGAGAAGUUGCAAAAGGAGGAGCAUCUCCGGAACUUGGCAAAGCAAGCACGAGAGGAACGCGCGAACGCAUCUCGCCGGCGCUCUCACAGCGAUUCAGACACUGAUUCUGAAGAAGAAGCGGUACGAAAACGACAGGCAGAACGUAAAGAGCGCCGCGAGGAUUGGCAGCGUGAGUUGCGUCAAUCGAAGAUGGGCAAUGAGCGGAAAAUUCAGAUGAUGGCCCGCGAACAAAAUCGUGACAUAUCUGAAAAGGUCGCAUUGGGUCUUGCGAAGCCUACGCAAAGCGGAGAAUCCAUGUAUGACUCCAGACUGUUUAACCAGUCUAGUGGGUUCAAUGCUGGUUUCAACGAAGAUAAUCAUUACGAUAAGCCACUCUUCGCUGCUCAAGAUGCGAUAAGCAGCAUCUACCGCCCCAGCAUCAAUCAAGAUGACGAUGAGGGAGAAGACGCCGGCCAGACGUACGAUCGCAUCAACAAGUCUAGCAAAUUUGAAGUACUUGGCAAGGCCAAAGAGGGCUUCAAGGGUGCUGACCUACAAGAAGCGCGUGAAGGUCCAGUACAGUUUGAGAAGGAUUCGGAUGACCCGUUCAAUAUCAAUCAAAUGAUCGAUGAGGUGCGGGGAGAGAAAGCUGGCGAGAAGACAGGCGAGAAGCGCUAUGGUAUCCUGGAGUCUGAGGGAAGGGCCACCAAGCGUGCGAAGGUGGAAGAUGACAGCGAUUGA